GCAUUAGCUCCUGAAAUUGGACACCUUUGCAGUUUUUUUCGUUUUCUUUUUCAUUUUUGGUGAGUUUCAGAUUUUUGGGGGGUUUGGUUGAAACUUGUUUAUGCAGUUAUUGCUUCAGGAUGAGUUAAUAGGUUUCUAAGAAUUUAUUGCACUUUCUCCUUUUGGGUCUUUGAUCUUGCUAUUGAGGGAUUAGGGCUUUUUAUGAUAGUUAAUUCUUUGGUUUCAAUAUAUUGGGUUAUUAACUGAUUGGUCAGAGACAACUGUGUGUGAGAGAUAUCUGGUUCUGGCUACUUUUGUUACUGUUGUCAAAGAUAAUGGAUAUGGCUGGGAAGGAUAAUCUUGGAGCAGAAAAAGGGAAUGAUGAUCCUCUAAACUUCCAUUCACCUAAUAUGUCUUCAGACUGGCAAUUUAUUGGUGCCAAUCUCGCAAAUUCGUCGAUGGGUUCGAUUCCCACUGGCAAUCCCAUGGCAGCUUCUAAAGGAGAUUUAUUGGAACCUUCUUCUUGUUCCUCUGCUUCCAUGGUGGACUCAUUUUGCCCUGCCAAUUGGGAACAGACCACCCAUUCACAAAACCUAGGUUUCUGUGAAAUUAAUGUUCAACAUGGUCCUAGCACUUCAAACAUGUUGGGAAUUAGAACAAGUGGUCUGGGCCCUAUAAGAACUGGUGCUGAGAGAACAGUUGGUAUUGGUUGGACUCCUCCAAAUGCAAUGUUAAAAGGAGGUCUGUUUUUGCCAACUGCUUCUGGGAUGCUUCCUCAGAGCUUAUCUCAAUUCCCAGCAGAUUCAGGGUUCAUUGAAAGAGCGGCUAGGUUCUCAUGUUUCAGUGCUGGGAACUUUGGUGAUAUGAUGAACCCUUUUAGCAUUCCGGAAUCUAUGAGUCCUUAUUCUAGGAGUAUGGCUUCAAUGCAAGGACCACACAGGGUUUUUUCAGGAGAGGGAUCUAAAACAGUAUCUGGCGAGCAGUAUCAGAAAAUUGAGAUUAACGUGACUGAAAAUCCUAAAGAUGUUGAGCAUGGUGCUAUUGAAGGAAGCCCACUUAAGAAUGAGAGAAAAACUGAAAGCUCUAUGGGGCCUCAUGAUGAACCAAAACGGUGUAGUGCUGUGUCAGGUAAUGAGUCUGAUGAAGCGGAAUUUAGUGGUGGUGGUCAAGAGGAGCAAUCAAUGCUUGAAGGUAGAGGUGGGGAACCUUCCACCAAGAGACUUGGGUCAAAGAAAAGGAAAAGAAGUGGUCAGGAUAAUGAGAUCGAUCAAGUCAAGGGAGCCACACAACAGCCAUCAGAAAUUCCAAAGGAUAAUGCUAAAAUUCAACAGCAAGGAAAUCAAAAUCUGGUUUCGGCUUCCAAUAGGCCCGGUGGAAAACAAGGAAAACAGGGGAUUGAAGCUUCAGAUUCACCAAAGGAUGAAUACAUACAUGUUAGAGCACGAAGGGGCCAGGCAACAAACAGCCACAGUCUUGCAGAAAGAGUGAGAAGGGAAAAGAUCAGUGAAAGAAUGAAGUUUCUUCAGGACCUUGUACCUGGUUGCAGCAAGGUCACUGGCAAGGCAGUUAUGCUGGAUGAGAUCAUUAACUAUGUGCAAUCUCUACAACGGCAAGUUGAGUUUCUGUCAAUGAAGCUUGCAGCAGUUCAUCCACGGCUGGAUUUUAACAUUGAAGGGCUCCUCACAAAAGAUGUCCUUCAGUCACGCGCUGGUCCUUCAUCACUGGGUUUUCCACCUGAUAUGACUAUGCCUUAUAGUUUGUUACAUUCAUCUCACCCUGGAGUGAUCCACACAGUUCUUCCUGGGGUGGGAAACUCUUCAGAUGCUCUUCGCAGAACCAUUAAUUCCCAUGUGACAGCCAUGAGUGGAGAGUAUAAAGAGUCUACUUCUCAUGUACCUAAUGUGUGGGAGGAUGAGCUCCACAAUGUUAUCCAUAUGGACUUCAAUUCCGGUGCUACCAGUGCUCUGCUCAACGGCCAAGAUAUAAGAGUGUCUCUGCCACAAGACCAGAUGAAAGCUGAACACUGAUAGUUGUCUUAGUUUUUGCUAAUGCCAAGUUGCUCCUGUGUUGUUGCACCACUGUCUUCGGGGAAACAAUUGUCCACUUGUUGUGGCUGCUAGAUUGUGCUGUCACCACAUUCUUCCUUAAAGCUCCUUUUGUAUAAAAUUAUAUAAUAUUCAGCCAGAAAUGAGAGGAUUUGUGGAUUAUAGGAGGUAAGCCUCAAAGAAAAUGUAAGAGAAUCUGAAGUGGAGUGGGAUUUGUGAGAAGAUAACAGUUGAAACCAUGGUGGUGCUCUCCAGUCAAAGGGUGAAGACCCGCAGUUGUAUGCAUUAUGUUGAUCAAUGAGAAUCGAACUUUAUUCCUUUUGUUCAGUACAUUCUUUGAGUAUUAGUUAUGGUUUAUUUGGUUAGUCGACUAUAAAAGCAUUCUGGAGAGUCGAAGCUGAAGAAAUGUUUGUUCUUUAUUAUAUUCGGGUUGUUGUUAGUUACUAAAAUGUUAUGUAUCAUGUAUUAAUGCACCUCUGUAUCAAACAUGUUUGACAUUUUUCACCAGUGAAAGAGGGGCAUAUUACACUAUAUAUAUUGCAUAUAAUGAAU